AUGUUCUAUUUUAUUGAACCUGAGACAUUAUCUUCAACCGAAAAGAGUCCAAAAAGGAGAAAACCAAAUAUGUUCAUAAUGUAUCGCAAAGAUAUGAUGAAAUAUAAACCCCAUAAUAUGCCUAUGACUAAAUAUAGCAAGUUAGUAUCUGGAUGGUGGAAAAAUAUUCCUGCGGAAGAAAAAGCGAGAUUGCAAAGACGUUAUCAAAUAGAUAGAGAUCAAAAGAGAAAUGUCAAUGCACGUGCGGACAUCAAUCAAAUUGGUUCUCGAGAAGAUAAAAUAAACCAGGAUUAUCGAGAUCAAAUUGAUUCGACCGAUAGCUUAUCAGAAUGCAAUUUACAAAGAAAAUACCAAGAUCAUAGAGAUCUAACCAUAAAUGAAGCCAAUAAUUUACCCAAGGGAAUGAAGAAAGAUUGUUAUUUAACCGAUAGUCUUUCAGAAAAUUUUUAA